UGACAACACAAAUAAUUGUUAUUAUUGACAGAGUGAUAAUGUGAGCUGGAAGCGACGACGCAUUUCUGGUGCAUACUCGAGGGUGCGUUUGGUCGGUAAGUUCCGAGACCCAAGCGUCAGCCCCGUCGAGAAACCGCGAAAUUUCGUGUAGGCUUUAUUCAGCAAAGACGUAAUUUUUUCUGUCAAAUUUAUCGUCACGAGGAUACAGGUUAUGUGAGCUCUGCGAGUAGAGCGAGUGAGUGAGCUCGUCCUCCCCUUGCUCGCUGUUGUUCGAGGCGAGUCAUCGCAGGAUGGGCCAGGGUACGGAAACGUGCGCUGACCGGCCCACGGAGGUCAGCGUCAUCAGAUUUGUCUCGCGAAACCGUACCAUCGAGGAAAUUGCACCGAAAAAGGAAGUAUAUACUUGCAAACAACGAGGUUGUGGUUGUGGAGAAGAAUUAUCAGAUCCAGGUAGCAUGUGGAGACAUUAUCAAGAAUGGCAUAACAAUGAAACAAAUGUCUUUGUAUGUCCAUAUACCAAUUGCGGAUCUUUGCAAUCUACUAGCGGUAAUCUUGAGGAGCAUAUUGAAAGUUGUCAUAGACAACCACCCACACUGCCAAUGGAGCCUGAGAUAAUUUGUUUCGAAGGCCCCGAAAAUGCAAUAGACGAAGAAGUCAUGCAAAAGACUGACGAGGGAUGUUAUGAAAAACUGCCAAGCGAAAACUUUAUUAUAAAGGAAGAAUAUGGAAAUAAAGAAGAAAAUUGUUCCAUUAGAAACGAAGCAAAAAUUCAGGUGAAGAAUGAAUUUUGUCACGAGCAAAAGAUUACGAACAGCGAAGACUAUUCGAAUAAUGAAUCUUUGAAUGGUAUUAACAAGUUUUCAAAUAGUGAAGAUCUGCUUAUAAUGAAAGAUAAUUUCUUACGAAAAUACGAUACUGGAACUCCAAAAUGUGAAGAGAUCCUUCAAGUGGAGUGCACGCAGGAUAAGAAUAAUGUGGUUUACAUAAAUAGCGACAUAACUAUUACGAAAAAUAUGAAAAUGGAAAUAUGCAACUUAAAUUUACGAAAUCAGGAGCAUAGAAUAGAUUUAGGAAACAUGGAACGAGUUUUUCGAAACGGUCUUGAGCGUGAAAAUUCUUUGAAAAUCGAAGAGAGCUCGAUGGAAACAAAUAGUAAUUGUUCGGAUGACGAGGAGUAUACUCCAAAAAAGCAACGCAUGUCUAGGUACAAACAAGAAACAUAUAAAUGCGACGUCAAUGGUUGCGGAAAGAAGUACAAAUACAUAUCGCACUAUCGUCAUCAUCAAGACAGUCAUAAAUUAGUCACAAAUACAAUUAAUUCCAAUAAUGAUAAGCAAAUGCCAAAGGUAAAGCAAGGAAAGGCAUCUACCGUCAGCUUCUUUAUAUGCAAAAUGCCUGGAUGUGGUGCACAGGUAAACAACGUUACUGGCCUAUGGAAGCAUUAUCAGGACAAUCAUGCCAAUUCCAAGCCGCCGGUUGUACAAACUACCAAAAACAAUGAAGUAUUUCAGUAAAGCGUUUACGAAUCGAUUUUCGUAAUAUUACUCUCGUUGCGGACAGCUCGCACACAUAGCGUAAAUAAUUGUAAUAAUCCGUUAUCAGAGGCAAGGUACUGGAAUGCGAGGCAAAGUUGUAUGUUGUACAAACAUUUCGAUCAAGUUUACUCCGAUAAUUUCACCAAGCGACAGGAACGGAAAGACUGGCUAUGGGAGUAGCAUUCGUUUUACUGAGAUAUUGCAAGAGGACGCUACUAUCCGGUAGAGAAAUUUUAAGACUGAAUUCAAAGCCAAGCAUAAUGUUAAUUUGAAUGACUAUGCCGAAAGUGGCGGCACCACUCAUAAUCUUAAUAGUUAAAAGGAAUUUUUUCGGAAGUAACUCUAAUCUCGCGGAAAGUUUUCUCGUUUGGAAUAACGAGAGAAGUCAUGGUAAUUCAGAGUAUUUUACAAAGAUUAUUAUAUAACCACUUUUACGCGACUUAAAGCGCUUUAAGCUUACGUGUGGUCUGUAAUUGAAUGCUGUUAACUAUGAUCGAUAAAUUUCUAGUAGCUAUAAGUGAUAUAGGCUUUGUAGGAUACUCUGAUAUUGAUCAGUAAAUUGUAUCGUCGGCAUUUAAGAAAAUUUAUCGAGCAGCUUGAUGUGUGCUGUGGCGGAAUGAUUAGCAACUUGGAUAAAUAGAGAAUUCAGUCUAAAAAUAUACAUAUAUCAUUCUAUAUAAAUAUAAAUUUUUCUCGUCGCUAUAAGAGGCUAAAUCCGCUACAGCGACUUGCACUUGUA